UUCUCGUCCAUCUCCUCUCCCAACUCCUGACUAACCAUCAAAUUCAAGGGUGUUGAGCUGAUCCACUGAGCCACCGACUAUUAAUAACCGACCUAAUUUCCGUGGUUCCUUACUUGAACUGAAGGAGGGACCUAAUCUCGCUUUACCUUUUUUUUUUUCUGCUCGAUCUCCACCCAACCCACCGCCCGGAGGCCACUUGUGGGCCCCGCACAUCUUUCCUCCCCCGGGCGGAACAUGGGGUUGUCUUCGGAUGAAAAACAUUUAAACACCAGCAGUACUCGCGUGGCCAUUGUCCUCGGUGUCGGACUAGGUGUCGUCUCGUUGAUCAUUAUGUGUUUACUUUUGACCAUGUUUGUCAACCGCCGUCAACGCCGGCCAAUGUUCAAGAACAGUAAAAGCGACUCGAGCGAUAAGCUGCGCAAACUGGACGCCGUGUCGCCGACCCGGACCCUCGAGGAAUGGUGGUCGAGGGCCAAGGGUCCGCUUUUGCCCUCUGAGGGUGCGGAUGGGCAUUUUAUCUGUGUUGUCUGUCUCGAGUCCGUCCUCCGAUCCCAAGAGAUCCGAGAACUCAAGUGCCUGCACGUCUUCCACAAGGAAUGCCUGGAGCAGUGGUAUCUGCAGGAUCACUUCAAUUGCCCGCUAUGCUAUCGAGCAUAUUAUAUCCAAGAGACCCACCCGACGACCGACUUUGUAUGGAUGGUAUGAUUGAUGAAUGAUGUCUGGACUUUUUUUUUCCCACCUGUUGCUCUCAGAUUGUUCCUUGCAUUAUCCUCUUCUUAGCUCAUCUCCGGCGUUUGGUGCUUUGCCGAUGUAUCAACAUGGAUCGCAUUACUCCUUUUUUCCCUCUUGGUACUGCUUUUCU